CCGGGUUCCCCCAUCCCUCUCUGUCUACUUGCUGACUUGUCGUUGGUGGCAAACUGCUGCUACUCCCAAGCUGUUUGUUGGUCGACAGCGACACUUUAUUAUUAGCUCGCUUGGCUCUAUCUCGAAAUCAGAAGUGGUUCUUCAGCAGCGGACAGCACACCAGAGCGACGAGUUUGAACACCGAGGAAAGAACUCAAAAGAACCGAGAGGGAUUUCUUUUACUCCCCCCCUCCACUCUCCAAAUGUAGCUUGUUAGCUUGCUAGCGAGCAGCUAGCUACCACUGCGCCUCUUCCUCUUUUUGUGUUUGUUUUUUUGUGCAUGCUAGAUCACCAGCAGUUUGUAGCCCAAACCAGGGCCCAAAGGCGGUGCUCGAAAGGGUGUCAGGAUUGAAGGCUGCCAACCGGGCCAACUGCCCCCCCUCCCCUCUACCCCGUCCCCUCCCCCGGUCACCGAGUAGAAUUAAUGGCCGGAAAUCCGAGGAGGGGCGCGGGUCUCAUCGGCUUGAUGAAGGACGCCUUUCAGCCCCACCAGCAGCCUCUGCAGCCCCCGCAGCCUGCUGUGGUCGACAAGAAAAUGGUGGAGAAAUGCUGGAAACUCAUGGAUAAGGUGGUGCGUUUGUGCCAGAACCCCAAGGUGGCGCUCAAGAACAGCCCACCCUACAUCUUGGACCUGCUGCCGGACACCUACCAGCACCUGCGCACUGUCCUGUCGCGCUAUGAGAGCCGCAUGGAGAUCCUGGGUGAGAACGAGUACUUCCGCGUGGUCAUGGAGAACCUGACAAACAAGACCAAGCAGACCAUGACCCUGUUCAAGGAGGCCAAGGAGAGGAUGUACGAGGAGAACUCUCAGCCCAGGCGAAACCUCACCAAGCUGUCACUUAUCUUCAGCCACAUGCUGGCCGAGCUCAAAGCCAUCUUCCCCAACGGCCUCUUCCAGGGCGACAACUUCAGGAUCACCAAAGCGGAUGCCGCAGAGUUCUGGAGGAGGUCCUUUGGGGACAAGACCAUCGUUCCGUGGAGGACAUUCCGCCAGGCCCUGCACGAGUUCCACCCCAUCAGCUCGGGCCUGGAGGCCAUGGCCCUCAAGUCCACCAUCGACCUUACCUGCAACGACUAUAUCUCUGUUUUUGAAUUUGACAUCUUCACCAGGCUCUUCCAGCCAUGGUCGUCGCUGUUAAGGAACUGGAACAGCCUAGCCGUCACACAUCCAGGCUACAUGGCCUUUCUCACCUACGACGAGGUCAAGGCCCGUCUGCACAGGUUCAUCCACAAGCCCGGCAGCUACAUCUUCAGGCUGAGCUGCACUCGCCUGGGCCAGUGGGCCAUCGGCUACGUGACGGCCGACGGCAACAUCCUGCAGACCAUCCCCCACAACAAACCUCUUUUCCAGGCGCUCAUUGACGGCUACAGGGAGGGAUUCUAUCUGUUCCCAGAUGGUCGUGCACAGAAUCCAGACCUAACAGGCCUGUGCGAACCUUCUCCACAAGACCACAUCAAAGUUACCCAGGAGCAGUAUGAGUUGUACUGCGAGAUGGGCUCCACCUUCCAGCUGUGCAAGAUCUGCGCCGAGAACGACAAGAACGUGAAGAUCGAGCCGUGCAGACACCUCAUGUGCACCUCAUGUCUGACCGCCUGGCAGGAGUCGGAGGGUCAGGGCUGCCCCUUCUGCCGCUGUGAGAUCAAGGGCACCGAGCUCAUCGUGGUGGACCCCUUCCACCCCAAGGCCGGUGGUGGGGCUUUUGCUGGCUUCCAGGGUCCCAGCAGGGCAGAGGCGGCCGCCAACGAUGACGAUGAUGACGACCGGCUAGAGGACCACAACCUUGUCAUGAGCAGGCUGGCCUGCAGCAAGGUUGAGCGUCCUCCAUCUCCAGUGUCCCAGCUGCCUCCAGUUCCGCCCAGACUGGACCUCCUUCAGCAGAGACCCUCCAGCACCCACAGCCAGCUGGGCCAAGGAGCCACAGCAAAGAUGGGUGCCACACACAGGGACAAGCCCCUCCCACUGCCCCCGGCGCUGAGAGAGCUGCCGCCCCCACCGCCUCCUGAGCGACCGUCCCCCCUAGCGGGUCAGGACUCCAGACUCCAGAGAAGACCCCUGCCCUCCACCCCGGAUACACCUGCCUGGGCCUCCAAUUACAUGGUUCCCCGGUCUGUCUGCAAGGUGCCCUCUGCGUUGUCUCAAAGCGGCUGCGCCAGCGCGGAGGGGAGCAAAGCCCAGGCGGCAACCAACGCCGUCUACUGCCUGGCCGCCAGGUCGCUGCCGACGUCUGCUGUGUCCAGCAGGGAGAAGCUGUCUGCCGACUCUGAGGAAAACGAGUACAUGAGUCCCACCUCCCUUCCGGCAUCCGGCACCCCGUGGAUCAUAACGGGGUCCUUGGUGCCCCCACCCCCGCCACCAUCAUUGAGUCAAGCAAACCAUCUCAAUGACGCCAGUGGCGACAGGCUCGAUGUGGACUCUGGUGACCCUCAAGUGUACGAGUCCAUGUGCAACAUCCAGGCCCAGGCCGGGUCCUCGGAGGCGGCCAAUCAAGAACGUCCCCAGCACUCGUCUGCGGCCGCCCAGGCCAAUGCCUCCUUCGAGGACGUAUACGAGUACGACUGCCCGCGACCGGUGGCCCCUCCGGCGCCCGCCAGGCGAGCCCUAUCGGACAUGAACGGCCCCUCCAAAGCCUUCAGCUCGCUCAGCAUCGACGGCGCUGUGGAAGCGAGUUUGUUCGCAUCCGACCCGGAGCGACCACCCAAGCCCCUUCCGCGCCGGGCCAACUCCGACCGCCGAGCGCGGCCCCUCAACCGCGAGCUCCCCGCCCCGUUCCCGGACCAGCCCCGCCCCUCCUCCUCCCACACACCGCCACCGGCCCCUUCGGCAAGCGGCGGCGUGGCGCUGAGCGGUGAGAUCGAGUGCCUGAUGUCCCAGGGCUACUCCAUCCAAGACAUCCAGAAGGCUCUGAUGAUCGCGCAGAACAACCUGGAAACGGCCAAGAACAUCCUGCGGGAGUUUGUGUCCGUGCCCUCCGCCGCACACAUCGCCACAUAGUCAGCCACGCUCCCCAUCCCGCCCGCUGUCCUUUUCGUGCCAUUAUCGCCCAGGAUGCUGUCGAUGCUUUCCUGCUUUGUCCGAUCGUCUUGUGCCAGAUUGACUUGAACGCAGCAUGUGAGGAAACGGUAGCUUUCUGUUGUUUCUUUUAUGCUAAGGAGGGACCACAAAGAUUGUCAUCUUUGACUCAACGUGACGCCACCGCCGCCACCCCUCGCUGUUUGUCUUGUACGAUGAUGUGGCCGCACAGGUCCUGAAUGAGCUAAUAAUAAUAAUUCAUGUCGUACCAACAACGUUCUACGUAGGGAUGGGCAUUGCUACCAAUUAGCUUGUUCAGUAAAGUAGCCGCUUUUUGUGGUUGCGAACAAAAUGUGAUUUUUAGAAAUUCUAUUACUCAAUUAAAUUAAACGGUAAAAACAAUGGAAGCCCGAAGCUCUGAGCUUUGUUGCUAAAAUGCUUACUUCAAGUGUAAAAAAAAAUCAAGGUCAAACCUGCUGAUUCUUAUUGAGAAAAGCAUGCUAACGUGCAGAAGCAAAGGCAACGCGGACGUACUGAACCUGGGAACUUUAUUCACUCCCUAGCGGUCAUGUAGCCUCUCAUGCUGUUGCGACUUUUCAGCCCCAAACCUUACCAUAACAUAUUUUCCGCAGCAAGAAUGUUGAUGUUCUGGCGUUAAGACGUUUUGAAGCAACUGAGGCAUUAGAGUUUUCACUUCGUUCGCAGCAACCAGCAGGGAGCGCAAUGAAUAAUCAAGUAUUGUGCCGCCUAGACGGGCAGAAAAUGAAACAGGGAGAACUCAAAGUGCCCAUCCCUUGCGUCUCUCUUAACGUGCUUCUCGCUACUUGUAACAGUUUACGACAAAAAAAAUGCUAACAAACUAUAAAAGACUUUUGCGAUUUCCGCUCGUGUUUGUUAGAAAGCUCUUUUUACGUUAACAACGCUCGACUGAAAAGAUGCCAAAAGGGAAGCGUUGAACACAUUCCAGUCCUUCAGACCUUUCGCUACGCAACAUGACAGCCAUAGCCGGCAUAUUGAGGGGAGAUGUCUCACUCCAGCAUAAAAGUACACUGGCAUCAUAAAUGUGCCUUUUUGGGCAGGUGAACGCAGCUCGCAGAUGCAUUAACAUGAAAGAGAUUAACACAGUCAAUGACUUUAAUGCUAAUACUAAAGAAUUGUUCUUUGUGAUUGCCUCUUAACACGACAUAGUAGCACAGUGCAGUCACUAAGGUUGGUUAAUGUCUCCUCUUUAGGCCUUAAGGAGGACUCAAGGGUCCUACCUUUUAAUUCCCGGAACGUCGUGAGAGGGAUACUGCAUGUUUGAUGAUGAUGAUGAUGCACUGCAGUCUAAAAGACAUACCUCCCCCUCCUGUCCUCUACCCGCUCUCAAAACCUGCAGUAAAUGUCCUGAAAAGGCAAAACUUAAAAUGUUAGUUUCUCUGCAGCGUUAAUGAUGAACUGUGUGUGUGUGUGUGUGUGUGUGUGUUAGUCACACUGCAAAUUUAUAUGUGCUUAAAAAAAAUACAUCUUUUAACUCGCCUUUUUUUUCUCUCAACACCAACUCGCCUACUAAAAAUGUCUGCUUUUGUCGUCUGCUUGUAAAUAUGAUUUAUUUAUUGUAUUUUUAAUAUCCUCAGCGUUCGUUCGUUCAUUGUAUUGCCAUGUUUUCAUGCCCAAGCCAUUAAGAUUUUUAAUUAAA